AUGGCCUACAUGUACACGGGGUCAAACGACUGCUACAGGAUCACGCGCGAGCCCGGCACCGACUUCACCAGGGCGGAGCUGGAGGUCGCGAUCCGAGGAAUGACCGGUGACGCGUUCAACCCGGAGUCCCUGGUCCUCCCGAGCGGAGUCAAAGCCCUGUGCGAGGACCAGGCGUUGUGGGCGACGAUCCUGGCGUCAAUGCCGACCCUCGACGAGUGUGGCCUGGUGGUCCGGCAGCUGGCAGGUGACCCCAAUCAUGGGAUUCACAUCCCCGGCGCCACUCCCGACCGCCAGCAGCGCACCAGCCAAGGUCCCGGGGGGCCAAGUCCUAGAGGUCUGGCCCCCACCAGGAAGGGAAAGGACAAGGUGCCGGUGCUGGAGCACCGUCACAAGGACAAUGUGGGUGCCGCCCCGGCCCGGAAGGAUGACGAGACACAGGGGGCGGCGUCCGCACGGAGGAGCCAAGCGGAGGGGUCCAAGUCCCGGAGGCUCCAGCGCAGCGACGGCUCCUUCGUCGGGGAGCCGGCCCCCAAACGCCAGAAGACGGUGGAGGCGGAGAGGCAGAGCCGAGCUCCACCACCUCCGCCGCAGCGCCAACAGCCGGAAAGGGGGCCGGAGGAAAAGCGGCGGCCUUCCCCGGAGCAGCAGACUCCUCCGCCGCCACCGACGAUGCGGCGACCAGCGACGCCACUACCCCCGACAGAGCCCAGGCCACAAACACCACCCCCGCCACCAGAAGCGCCAGCGGCCGGGGACCACCACCAAAGGCCCCAUUUUUCGGACACAUCGAGCACGUCCGCCAGAGCCGCUCUAGCUGGGGGGUCCGGCCCCCAGCUAGUACCUUCAUCUUCCCCUGCUGGGGAGUCGGCGACAACCCCAGCAGGGACUCCGCCCGCGCCAGCACCAGUAGCUACCAGACCCAGAGGUCCGGAGCCAGAGGUCGCCACACCUCCAAGGCCUGAUGCCGCCCCCCAGGAGGAGGCCACCGGACCUACUGCGACGACCGAGGCGCUAGUAGCUGCAGCAGCACCGGACGCCAUGGCGGAGCCCCCUCCAGCUGAGCCAGCAGCAGAGGAGGCUGCAGCAACGGCAGAGGCGGCAGCGCCGGAGGCUGCGGAGGUGCCAGAGGCAGUGGCGCCGGAGGCCGCAGAGGUCGCCAGCACCACCACCCCACCCGCGCAGGAGGAGGAGCCGGAGGUGGUGCGGGGUAGGCGUCUUCUCCCGAGCCCAGCGGAGAUCCCCCUCCCCCGCCUCUUUGCCAAGAGCCAGCAGGUUCAGGAGGAGCUGGAGCGCGCCAAGCUCGUACUGGAGGGCGAGCUUCUGCAGGAGCAGUUGCAGGAGGCUCUCGACCGAGAGGUGGCAGCUGCCCAACGGGAGAGAGCGGCCGCACGGCGGGAGAAGCAUGCCAUCGAGCGGGAGCUCGUGGUGGAGAAGAGGGUGCACGCGAUGGCGGAUAGGGAGAAGACCGCACUGGAGCUGGCCAACCAGGCCAAGGUGGUGGUGGAGGUGACCAAGGAGCAGGAAGUUGCCCUUGCAGAAUGGGAGGUAGCCGCGGUGGAGAGAGAAAAAAGGCUUGCCGCCCGUGAAGAAGAGGAGGUGACCCGGAUCCAGGAGCUCCAGGAAUGGGAGGCGGCCAUGGAGGAGGAACUGGCGGCCGGGACCCAGAGGCUCUAG